AUGUCCAACGGUGCAGAGCCCCAGACACAGAGCUUAUCCAGCAGAGAGCGAUGUCCAAAGGCCAGCGGACUGGAGAGCUUAGCUCCGUUGGUGCAUUCAGUGGAGGAAACUCCUGAUCCCAUCCCUACCACCAUCAAGGGAACAAUUCCAGCCUGGAUCAAUGGGAGCUUACUGAGAAAUGGUCCUGGGAAAUUUGAAUUUGGGGAAGACAGAUACACCCACUGGUUUGAUGGCAUGGCCAUGAUGCACCGCUUUCACAUCUAUGAGGGUAACGUCACCUACAGCAGCCGAUUCCUGAGAAGUGACUCGUACACCCUCAACUCCGAAAAGAACCGGAUCGUGGUUUCAGAGUUUGGGACAUUAGCCAUGCCUGAUCCCUGCAAGAACAUCUUUGCACGCUUCUUUUCCCGCUUCCAGGUUCCAAAGGCCACGGACAAUGCUAACGUAAACUUUGUCAAGUACAAGGGAGACUAUUACGUCAGCACGGAAACCAACUACAUGAGAAGAGUAGAUCCACAGAGCCUGGAGACCAAAGAGAAGGUGGACUGGAGUCAAUACGUCGCCGUCAACGCAGCUACAGCUCAUCCACACUAUGACCGCGAAGGGGCCGCAUACAACAUGGGCAAUUCCUACGGCAGAAGUGGUUUUUUCUACACCAUCAUUCGCAUCCCUCCUCCUGAGGAGAGGACAGAAAAGGAGGACUCAGCAGACCUUAGCGGAGCCGAGGUGAUCUGCUCCAUCCCUGCACCUGAAUCCAGAAAACCUUCUUAUUAUCACAGUUUUGUUAUGUCGGAGAACUAUUUUGUAUUUGUGGAGCAGCCAAUCAAGCUGGACUUGCUCAAGUUCAUGCUGUACAAGAUACAAGGAAAGAGCUUUCAUAAAGUCAUGUCCUGGGAGCCUCAGUGUGACACCAUUUUCCACUUGGUCUGCAGGCACACAGGCAAGGAGAGUCAAGUGAAAUACCAUGCAGCACCAAUGUUCACCCUGCAUCAGAUCAAUGCUUUUGAAGAAAAUGGUUUCUUGGUUAUGGACAUGUGCUGUGGGGAUGAUGGUGAGGUCAUUGGGGAAUUCACUCUGGAGAACCUACGACGAGACUCAGGAGAGGAGAUGGACAAGUUUUACAAUUCGAUGUGCAGAAACCUCCCAAGGAGAUAUGUUCUGCCUCUGAAUGUGGAUGAAAAAGCUCCUUUGGACCAAAACCUUGUCAAUCUGCAUAACUGCAAAGCCACAGCGAAGAAGACAAAACCUGAGGAGGUUUAUCUCACCCAUGAAGAACUCCACAAUGACGAGCUGCUGCAGUACGGCGGCCUUGAGUUCCCUCAGAUCAAUUAUAACGAGUAUAAUGGCAGGCCUUACCGCUACUUCUAUGCCUGUGGCUUUGGACACGUCUUGGCCGACUCCCUGCUCAAGAUGGAUGUCCACACCAAGGAGCUUAAGGUGUGGCAUUAUCCUGGCCUGUACCCGUCUGAGCCUAUCUUUGUUGCUGCGCCGACAGCUGCUGAGGAAGAUGAUGGAGUGGUAUUGUCUGUCAUCAUCACGCCUAGAAAAGUAAUUUCACAACUCACACAUAUUUAUGCUCUAAAGAGGAAAAAACUUCAGUAG